AUGGAUGACGCCAUCUGUUUAUCGGAUGAUGAUGGUGACGAGUGUAUUCUGAUAGAAGAAACUACUGUAGUCACGACGAGAAAAAGUCAAGAGAAAACUUGCUCCACGAGUUAUUCUCUCGUCGAUUCAGUCAACAAUCGUCCCCGUAGUAAUCCAAUUACAUCAAAAGAUUGGCUAGAAGAAGGACUUGAUGAAUUGGAUAAAUUGAUUCAAGAAAAGCGGAAGAAUAAUGGAAAUUCUGCUAGUUGGUCUAUUGGAAAUGGUAAUAUCGGAGAUAUUGAUAUGAUGGAUUACGGUCGAAUUCCAUCCACGUCAUCGUCGUCUGGAUAUGCCACGUCGUCUGGAAAUAUUGGAAAUAAACCCGAAAAACGAAAACUAACAGAAGAUGAAAAGGAUAACCAGAGAGAAAUGAAAGAAAAUGCAAAAAGAGCUCGAGAAGCAGAAAAGGAGAAAAAAGCAAUCGAAAAAGAUCAGAAAAAAGGAGAAAUGUUGAAGAAAAGAGAGGAAAAAGAGCGAGAAAAAGAGACUCGUAAAAUCGAACGAGAAAUUUCGGCGGCGAUCAACUCCAAAUGUGAACAAUACACAUAUUGCCACAUCGGAAAGACAGUCAUGAACAAUUUUCCUGGUUUGGAAGCGGAAAUUCGAAUAUUGUACGCUGAACGAAAAAUCGACAACCAACUGAAAAUUGAGAAUGAUCUGGGAACUCGAAUCGAAUGGAGAAGAAAAUGUAUUGAGAUGAAAGAGGAUGAGGAUGGAAGAAAUGAGCGGUUUGAGUAUAUGUCGACACAAAAUCUGUUCGCCAUCGUCGUUCCUGCUGCCACAUUGAAAGAUGUUAUCAACUCGAAUUCGUUCGAGGAUUUCAUUAUCGAGCAGCGAGCAGGCUUCCAAAACGGUCGAUGCACUAUGUUGAUCAUUUCGUUCGGAAAGUUGGAUAUCCAAAAGAAGAGACUUCAUAAAAUGUCACUGGAAAUCUACGAAACUCAUCGUGUUCAAAUCGUUCAGAUCGAAACGAUUCAUGAGUUGGCACUACUCACUGCACAAUAUUUGAGAAGUUUGGCGAGAAGAGAAAAAAAGAAAAUGGAUGAUAAGGAACCUGGAGAAAGUAGUGGAGGAUCACACAAGUUGCAGUAUUUGGGAGAGAAAGGAAUCGUAAUAGGAUCUCGUAACGAAAUCGUCAGUGAUUGGUGGUCAAAAAUGCUCUCAACAAUCGAUCGUCUUUCGGAUGCUCAACGCAGAGCUAUACUCGGACUAAUCCCUGAUCCAAUUUCUGGUAUUGAUAAAUACUCAAAAAUGGACUACUCGUUGGCGAUUCAAGAAAUUGGUGACUUAGUAGCCGAAAACGGGCGAAAAGUGGGACCAGUGAUGGCUCACCGUGUACUUACUAUGCUAACUGAUGAAACUGGAAAUUCAAUUGUUGAAUGA